AUGCAUCUGAAUAAAAUCCUCCCAGCAUUAGUAAAACGUGCUGGUACAAAUAUUUUAAGAGUUCCGAAUAGCUUCGCAGAAUUAAAUCAUAGUUUAUCUGGUAACUUGGGAAAAAAACGAAGAAUAAAGAAAUCCAGACCACCAGACUGGGAGAAUCUUUCAUGGGAUGAAAGGCUUGCUCAUACUGUAACCCCUUUGUGGAGAUUAAGCUAUGAGGAACAGCUCCAAUGGAAACAGGAUCAGCAACACAAGGUCCUACUUGAGAUGAUAAAUCAUAUAGCCCAGGACUCAUCUCCAGUGCUACCCUGCAGUACAGGGGAUCUCCCUUUUUCUGUUUUGCCCAUUGUGUCCUCUCCGGUGAGGGAUGGCUACCGAAAUAAAUCAACCUUUUCAGUCAACAGAGGAGUCGAUGGAAAUCCAAAGACUGUUGGAUUCUACAUAGGCACUGGGAAAGGCAGAGACAUUGUAUGUGUUCAUGGUGACCAUCUUUUGAACAUGCCAUGGAAGCACAAGUUGGUGGCAAGGUGUUAUGAGGAUUUUAUUCGUGGGUCUCUGCUAAAGCCAUGCAUUUUGUUUCACGAUGGUGGAAACUGGAGAGAAAUUACAGUAAGAACAAACUCUGCAGGUGACACGCUGGCGAUAGUAUAUUUUCAUCCACAAAACUUAACUCCUGAAGAGAUAGAUAUCCAUAAAGCAGCUCUGGUAGAAUAUUAUUCGAAAGGUCCGGGAGCAGUGUGCCAGCUGGAUUCCCUGUAUUUUCAGGCGAGCACAAUGACACGUUGCACCAGAGAAGAAUCUCCCUACCAGCUUCUUUAUGGGCAGCCCCAUAUAUAUGAGGAAAUUCUCGGGUUUAAGUUCCGCAUCUCCGCGGAUUCCUUCUUUCAGGUGAACAGUGCUGCAGCAGAGGCCAUGUACAAGACUUUAGCUGACCUGUAUACCGCCAGUGAAAAGGGAACCCUGUUAGAUGUGUGCUGUGGUACAGGAGUCAUCGGCAUCUCGUUAUCUCCUUGUGUGAACAAGGUCAUUGGUAUUGAACUGAUCGAGCAGGCUGUAAAGGAUGCGAAAUAUAAUGCAGCACUAAAUGGUAUCCAGAAUUGUGAGUUCCUGUCUGGAAAAGCAGAGGUUGUUCUUCCUAAAUUAAUGCCAACCUUGUGCCCAGAGGGGGCACUUACAGCUGUUGUGAAUCCAUCCAGGGCAGGUCUGCAUUAUAGAGUAAUUCGAGCUUUGCGCAACCACCCUUCUAUAGAAAGACUCAUUUAUAUAUCCUGCAAGCCAGAAGGUGAAGCGAUGAGGAACUUCAGGGAGCUUUGUGAAAAGCCAGAUUUGCAGAAAAAGCUGAGUGGAGAGCCAUUUAAACCUAGGCUGGCUGUUCCUGUGGACAUGUUUCCACAUACACCACAUUGUGAACUGGUGAUUGUUUUUGAACGCUAAAUAAAAAAAAGAAUGAUUUAUAUGUUACUGUAUGGUAUUUUUAAACCAUAAUGUAAUUAGCUUUAACUUGUAUGAGUGCAUUAUCAUAUUAGUCACAAGCUGUUAUGCCAUAUCGUACCUGGCACUGAUAGCAGCGAAUGAUAAAACUAUCUAUUUUAUAUCCAUUGUAAAUGACAUUAAAAUAUACCUGUCAGCACUAUAAACAGGGCAUGUUUGAUUUUUAAUAUUUAACAAGCAAAC